AUGGGACCCACAGGUGGCGAGGAAUUUCGGCAUAAGGUGGAGCUGCUGAUUGAUAAUGAAGCAGAGAAGGACUAUCUGUACGAUGUUCUCCGCAUGUACCACCAAUCCAUGGACAUUCCUGUCCUGGUCGGCGACCUGAAGCUGGUGAUAAAUGAGCCCAAACGCCUUCCUCUGUUCGAUGCCAUCAGACCCCUGAUUCCUCUGAAGCACCAGGUGCAGUACGACCAGCUCACUCCAAAGAGAUCCAGGAAGUUGAAGGAAGUCCGUCUGGAUCGCACACAUCCUGAGGGUCUGGGUUUGAGCGUUCGAGGUGGGCUGGAGUUCGACUGCGGCCUCUUCAUAUCACAGAUAGUCAAAGAUGGACAGGCAGGAAAUGUCGGCCUACAGGUUGGUGAUGAGAUUGUGCGUAUCAAUGGCUACUCCAUCUCCUCCUGCAUUCACGAGGAGGUCAUCAAUCUCAUUAAAACCAAGAAGAUUGUGUCUCUCAAAGUCCGCCACGUGGGAAUGAUUCCUGUCAAGAGCUCCUCUGAAGACCCUCUGAAGUGGCAGUUUGUGGAUCAGUUUGUGUCUGAAUCAGGGGAGAAAAAGACCAGCGUGGCUGGUUUGGCUUCAGUUGGAGGGAAAGAAAUCAAGGAAAAGAAAGUUUUUCUUAGUUUGGUGGGAACUAAAGGCAUGGGAAUCAGCAUAUCUAGUGGACCGACACAGAAACCAGGCAUCUAUGUGAGCAAUGUGAAGCCAGGUUCAGUCUCAUCUGAAGUGGGCUUACAGGUUGGCGACCAGAUUGUGGAGGUCAAUGGGGUGGAUUUCACCAACCUGAGCCAUCAAGAAGCAGUGCGGGUGUUAAAGAGCAGCAGGAGUCUAACCAUCACUGUCCUCACUGGAGCUCGAGCUUUUAUGACGGAUGAGGAGCGGCUGGCAGUUGAAGCUCGCCGUGAGCUUGAAAGACAAGAGCUAAUGCAUCAGAAGAGGGUGGCAUUAGAGACCAAUAAAAUCGUCAAAGAACAACAGGAGAAAGAACGCCAGAGGAAGAUGGAGAUAUCACAGAAGACUGCGGAGGAAGAAGAACGCUAUCGCAGAGAGAUGGAGAGAAUCGAAGCGGCGGAAAAAAAGCACCACAAAGAGUGGGAAGAAGAUUGGGCUUCCAAAGAGAAAUCCAAAUCACGUCCCCCUCCCUUCCCCCCACCUCCACCACCUGCACGUAAUGCACCUUCACCCAAACCCAAAACCUCCACGUUCGGUUGGUUCUACCGUUAUGAAGGAAAGUUGCCUACACUCAAAAAGAAAGGAAAAGAGACUAAAAAGAAGAAGAAGAUGUCCAAGACUGACACUCUCCCAGCUGAGAAAAAGAACAAGAAAGAGAUGGAGUUUGAGCUGAAACUUGCAAAGGAGAAGGAAGAGAUACUUGAGCGGGAGAAGCAGAUGAAAAUCAGCAGACUUCUACAAGAGGUGUCAGAAACUGAGAGGGAAGAUCUGGAAGAGUCUGAGAAAGUGCAGCAUUGGGUGGAGAGGCUCUGUCAAACCAGAUUAGAGCAAAUCUCCUCUGUUGAAAACGAUUCCCCAGAGAUGUCUCCAACCCGUUCCCCUACGUCAACUGGUCCCACCAAUCGGAGGUUUCCUGGAGGCUUGACCUUGGCCACUACUGACCUUGAUGACAUCAACUUAGAUGAUGUAGACCAGAGUCUUAGGCAACCUUUGAAAAGACUCGCCCCAACCCCACCUACAUCAAACCAACCUCCUCCUCCCUUACCUCUCCCUCCACCCUCACCACGUCUUUACCACACAUCCAGCCAUCGCCCUCCAUCUCCAAGAGCACAGCUCCCAAUGCAACCCAGUCCCAGACCAGGCCCUCAACGCCCACCUUCUCCACCGGCCACAAGGGUACCCCCCUCCACAAUAGGUCGUAGCCGACAACCUCCUGCUCCCGCUAUUCUCUUCCAGGGGUCUGUCCUCAUCUCAGCCACCUCCCCGCCACCACCUCCUCCCCCUCCACCACCACCGCCUCCCCUCCACCACCUCCACCCCUGCACAUGGAGGACAAGUACCACGUCACGGUCACCCAGCUAUCCCGCUCCUCAAGCUUAUCCGAACAGGGAAGCAGGUUUGGGGACAAUGGUUACCGCCAGAGAGGAGGCUUCCACUCCGCCAUUCCCAGUGAUCUUUCACGCCCGCCCAGCCCAAAACUGA